GUAUUUUGCGAGAAGCCACGUCGGUGGUUGGGCCAGGCUUGGGGGCAGUAGUAGCCGGACGCAGAUCCUUGACGUCUGCUGUCGCUUUCGGUGAUGCCCGCCCGCUCCAGAAAGGCCGUAAGCCCGCGGCUGAAUAUUCCACAAGCCGCUCCUAUAUGAACCACGGUGCGAAUAGAAGAAUCCCUCUGGUCUCCCCACAGGGUAUCCUCUGUCCAGACCUCCACUUGAAAAGCCGGUGCGCGUUGCAUAUCAUAUACACGGGAGAUCACCGCCGGUCAACGUGUCAAGAACGAGAGAACAGCCUGUUUUCCCGUAAGGUCCAAGGUUCGGGAGAGUCUCCAGACACCCUGUUUUCAAAAUGCUGGGAACAAUGCACCAGCGGAGACUGAACGGCGGCAGCAAGAAGGCCGGUCACGCAGCGAUUCCGGCGGAAAAGGACGAGUAUGCCAUUCGGCUGGACGGUGGGAAGGGCUUGCGGAAGGCUUCCUCGCCGCUGUCGCGAAACCGAUUCUUAGGACCGCUGGCCUUGUUCAUGCUGUUUUUGGGUGCCCUGGACCUAUGGCGCCACGGGACGCUUCCGACGCCGGUGGGAUGCUCCGAGGAUACCGUCAAGUUCUCAGAGUGCAACGCUCGCGAGACCAUUCGUGAACUCGCACAUACGAUCGGCAUGCGGCUGGUCGGGACGAAACAGGAAGCAAUGGCGCGCGAUAUGAUUGUCGAGAAGCUAUACCAUUACAAAGAGCAGGCGAAGAGCAACCCGUAUUUGCCCGUUUUCGACAUCGAUGUGCAAUUAGCGGAUGGGAGCCAUCGCUUUGAGAUUUUGGGUGAAGCCGUACUGAAAACAUACACGAACAUCACCAACAUCGUGGCCCGCAUCUCAUGUGGCCCGGAAUGCAACGAGAACGCAGUGCUGAUGAACUCGCAUUUCGAUUCCACCAUUGUGAGCCCGGGCGCAUCUGAUGACGGCGCAGGGGUGGCUGUCAUGCUCGAGAUCCUUCGACUGCUUUCGCAGCGUCAGAAACCGCUGAAGAAUGCGGUCAUCUUCCUGUGGAACGGCGCCGAGGAAACAUUGCAAGACGCAUCCCAUGCAUUCAUCACCCAGCAUCCAUACCGGGACACAAUCCGAGGUGUGAUCAAUCUGGAAGCGAUGGGUCAGAGCGGGAAGGAGAUUCUAUUCCAAGCAAACUCCAAGGUCUUCAUCAACGCAUACGCAAAGGUUCCUCAUCCUCAUGGAAGCGUUUUGAGUAAUGAUAUUUUCCGGACGGGUCUGGUCAUGGCCGAUACGGAUUUCGGCCAGUUUGUCACACAUGGAGGCAUCGCCGGACUUGACAUGGCUUUUUACACAAACAGCUACCUUUACCACACCAUGCUGGAUGUGGAAGACACGAUAGAGAAAGGCUCUAUCCAGAACUUUGGAGAGAACGCAAUGGCGAUCCUCGAUCACUUGAUAUACGAAGCAGACAUCGCUGAUGUCAAGAUUGACAAUGAACUCAUUUUCUUCGAUAUUCUCGGUCUCAUCUUCAUUCACUACACGUGGGCUGAUGCGCACAUCCUUCACGCCGUACUCAUCCUUAUCUCGCUGUUUACGGUUUUCGGGCCGUUCCGGCCAACGAGCUUCGCGAAGAACGUCCGCCAAACAUUGGUGGCGACGGGAUCGGUAGCGACGAGUUUCAUUGGGAGUGUGGUCUUCUCGUUAGCGGUGGGAGGAGCAUUGCACUUUGGGCUUCAGAAGCCGAUGGUGUGGUAUGGCCAGGAAUGGUACCCGCUUGCUUUGUAUGCACCUUUGGGUUUACUCGGUAUCUUCACGAGCCAAUAUGUGUACCGCAGUUGGUCGCGCACCACCUCCACGCCUGUCAUCAAGGACAAGCGGGCUCAAAACACAUCAGAUGCACCCGACGCCGAAUGGGAACGCACAGUCUUCAACGGCACUAUCCUCUUCUUCUGCAUCGGCAUCGCUGUAACCGACCACUACCAACUUGGGUUCGCCUACGUCCUCUCCAUCAAAACCGCUGCCCUCCUCUUCGGCCGCAUCGUGGACAUCGCCCUGACCUCCCAUAAGCCGGGGGGAGGCGCCCCACUCCACCCGGCGGCUUACUUUGUCGUCAGCAUCCCUUUUGCCCUCACCGUUGAGCUCGCGGCGUGCACGCUUAACCUCUUUGUGCCCAUCAGCGGCCGGUCGGGGGCAGACACGCCCGUGGACAUCAUCGUCAGCUUUUUAGCGGGGUAUUUCGUGUUUGCGAUGAGCUACCCGGUAGUGGCCAUCGCGCAUCGGUUUGGUGUUAGGUCGAUGAGGAAGACGAUAUGGGGGCUGGCUGUUGCGUCUGUGAUUGCGGUCGCGGUGUUUUUGACUGCUGUAAAGCCGUUUGAUCGUAUGCAUCCUAAGCGCAUCUUCAUCGAAUACAAAGAAAACGUUACCGACGGCACCCGCGAAGUCAUGCUCGCCCACUCGGACCCCGCCCUCUUCGCUCCCCUCCUCGCCCUCGUCUCCGCCGAAACCGGCUCCCCGCCCAUCCGCCGCUCUCCGCUCACAACCGACCGCGACUGGGCCUCCCUCUACCCCUUCUCCCACUUCCUCGAAUCCUACUCCUUCAACGUCUCCCACCUCGCCCCAACCCACCCCGCCCAGCCCGCCGCGCCCGACCUCGUCCUCGAUGACGACACCUACGAUGCAGAGACGGACACACGCACCCUGAAUCUCCGAUGUCACUUCCCGCAGUAUAUAUGGACAGUCCUGACCUUCCACGCCACCGUCGUCGACUGGUCCCUCAAAGACAAAUCCUUGAUCGAUUCCACACAACAUAAACGAUACAUGAUCCGGAACGCGGGCGGGUACGGGACCAACUCGUGGACGCUCUCUUUGCGCGUCAAGGGGCACGAAAAGAUCGCGUUUGAAAUCAAUGGACUUGAGCGGGAUGGGUUCCAUGAGCUUGUUGACCACGGGGACAACAGGGACGAGGGGAGGGGUGAGGCGACGUAUGGAAGCGCGGUGGGCCCCGUGAAGGUGGGAAGACCGUGGAAAUGGACGGAUAGGUUUGGCAGCGCGCAGGUGUUGGCGCGCAUUGAGAGGGUUAUGCCGGAGUGGACGGCGGGACUGUAUAUCGGGGUUGUGGUUAGGAGGUUUGAGUUUUGAGAUGGAUGGUAUCUAGAGAAUUUUUGAUAAGCGAGUCGAGGAGACUGGAUUUUUGUACAUUUGUACGGAUGGUGGACGUGAUGCCUUUUGUACAGCAUACAAUCAAAUAUAUAUAUGACAGAAACUUCCG